GCUCGACCCCCAGCCCUGCAACACCUCGUCACCCCACCAGCGCCUCUGUCACGCCAUCGCCAUGCAGUACUUCGUCCGUAUGAACGCGCCAGAGCGAAGCCGGUUCACGCCAGGCGCCCUCCCGCUUCGCCGCCUCACUCCGCCACCGCGGUCCGUGUCUGGAGUGCCAGUUAUGUUUCUGUCGGCAAUUAAUGGUCAUGGUGUUGCAGACCUUAUGCCACAGGUCUCUAAUGUGUAUGCGAAGUGGUGCACGCGACUCUCUACCGCUCGGCUCAAUCGUUGGCUUCUGAAGGUCCAGGCACGCCAUAUGCGAGGAAAGGAUGGCUAUGGUGCCCAGGUGCGGUAUCUGACACAGGUGAAAGCACGGCCCCCGACAUUCGUUGCAUUCUUUUCAGGUGUUGGGGAGCUUCCAGAUUCUGAGCUACGCUUCCUUGCAUCUGCAAUCAGAGAAGAUUUCGGACUAAGUGGGAUCCCUUUGCGAGUGUUGGGAAGGAGGAAAGGUAAGGGAAGCGCAUUGUCAUCGGUGAAGAGGAGGGCGGCAGGGAGUGGCAAACCUGGUGUGACACAUAAGAAGCUGCAAUCAUCUCCAACAACAAGCGGGAAGAGACCUCUGAGCCGCAAACCGGUUGUGACGCAUAAGCCGACAACAAGCCGGAAGAGAACGAUGAGAAUGGGUUCACACUCCUGACAUGCGGAUCGACACUUCACUUCCAUGUGGCCAUGGCUGCACAACUGGAGAUAUAUGUAGUCAGGCAUGAUCUGUAAUACCUAGCCUUCUUCACCCGAAUAAAACGCCCGGUGAUUAUCGCCGCAUCUGGACUGAAAGUUGUACCAAAUGCAGCUAUAAUGACCGGACGUUCUAUGCGGGUGAAGACGGUAGUUUUCUUCGAUGUUUCCUUGUUGGCAGGAGCUCUAGUGGGAAUUGGGACAAACUUUUUGGUGCAUAGUUGGUGGAGUCCUUUGUUUUAUCUCAGGUGUAUUGGGUUGGAAUCAUGUGAAACAUUCAUUCAACCACAGUGGUAGGUUGCAGGCAGACUGAAGAGGCAGGCUUUAGUCCCCUGCCUAAUGCAGGGCUGCAAUCAAUGCUGCCGGGCCCC